AUGACAAGCAAAGCAAAAACAGAUAACUCUAAAAAUCCGAAGGAAUUUAUGAAGAAACGUAAAUUAACGGGCGAGAGGUAUGGCGUUGCAGGAAUCGUUUCUGAAGAACGGGUACCUUAUAAUCUGCAUGAAAAUUUUGAAAAAAAAAACUUCACUAUCUACAGGGAUUUUCAGGAGCGAAAACAGCAAGAAGUUACACGCUUUGAGAAGAUAGAGAAUCUUCGCCCCGCUACUGCUCAUUUCCGCAGCCACAAACUGAGGUGGAAGGAUGGAGAGGAAGGAUCUCGAGAAGAGAAUUUGACCUACAAGAUCUUGUCCUCACCAAUCGUUAUAGUUCCUCUGGUUAUUAUUGCACUGUCGUUUCUUUAUUAUUUGAACAGAAAGUUUGCGCCCCGUCACUGA